AUAAAAGGAAGCGACAAAAGAUAGUCUCGGUCAACCAGAUGCUUGAUCACUUGAGAGUCUGUGUAGUCUCGGUUAACCAGACGCUUGAUAACCGGUUGAAACGGUUGAACCGGUUGAACCUGUAAAGAAAACGACAGGUAUAGAUCUGGACCGAGGCUGACCUCAGGAAAAUUUGGUACGUGUAGAUUGAGGGGUCCAGACGUAUCUGACCGAAACCAAAAUGCUGACUAAUGCCAAUUUGCGUUAUUUCUUUCUUAAACAAUAUCAAGACACAUGUAGUUUUUAAGAUACGUGAUGUAAUUCAGUGGACGCGUAAAAGAAGGGCAUACUAUUCUUGAUACAUAAAAUGUCUUUAUUGUUAGUCAUUUUCCCAUUGGAUUAUAUGUUAUAUAUAUGUUUACUUUUAUUUAAAAAAAAAAUGUUCCCUAUGGUAAUAUUUUCCGUGGCUCAUUCCAGCAUAAAUUUUGUACUUGGACGCAAUUCCCCUGGACACAGUGUCACAUUUUGCCGUAAAAAUCACGGUAAUUACAUUGAUAUUACCAAAAGAGGUGCGAAAUAAUAUCCUGGCGUUGUUCCAAAUUUCUUCAAUUUUUGACUAAAAGCGAAGGAAAAAGCAAAACAUUCACAAUAAUUUUAAAAAAAAUAACAUAGAAUCCGCUGGGAAAUUUACAUGUACAUAACGCGAAAGACUUACGGCACUUUCAAAUAUACGUCACUUUCUCUAACUGGAGGGCAGGACUAUCUAUACUGUUCAAAUGAAUAACUUAAGUUUAAUUACUUUCAAUGUCACAGCGUUUAACUGUGUAAAAUAAUAUAGGACGUCUCGUUAAGUUUGCUCCUUAGAUUGCCGAAGUGAAAACUAUCGAGGUUAGUCAAAUAAAUUACCUUGACCCGUUUUAAGUGCAAUCAGUUCAAAUGUGUUAAAUAUCUAACUAGUAAGUUCUUCUUAAAAACACGCUACCAAGAGUGGUUUAUAUGACCAGUAGCUUGACAAUGUAUCAAGGUUUUUAAGUAACUAACAUUAAACGACUUUUAGGGUCAAAAUGACUAGUUAUGUUAAAAUCCUCAAACGACAUUCCAAGAAUCACAUACAUAGUAUGAUUAAACUUAGAGAGCAUUACAUAUUUAAAUCGAAUUCGAUGGCAUACUUUGCUACAUCAAAUUUUGGUUUACUUCUAGAUAUUCCUCUAAUUAUCUAUAUAUAAAUGAUCUACAGGUAUAGCAGGUGAACACUUAGGAAGACAAUUAGUAUAUGUACAUAAUACUUAAGAAAUAAUGUAACUCGCGUCAUCACUAGGAGUCGAAGCCGGUGCUACAGAUGACUUUUCCAGUGCUCAAGAAGUGCUUCUAUAUGAGUAGAACCCCCGGACUAUAUACUACUAAUCCGGUCUCCAAUGGGAGUCCUACCGCUGGAUGACCUAUUUGCCUUCGAGGCCAUUGCUCUAUAAAUUGUGCAGGAAAUUCUCACAUGGAUCAACAGAUGUUGACGAUAUACACACGUACAAAAUGGUUUCCUGAACGGAUAUAAAAAUGUAUGUGUGUGGUUCCCGGAUGCUACAGCUAGGGCUUUUAUUGUGGAUGUGAUGGAAGAGCCAACCAUUCCCACGUUUCAUGUUUAAGUGAAGAAUGAGUUCAACAUUCAAGGACUUUGUGUUUCGGACACGGUCAGCAAUGCUACUAUUGCUGUACUCGGCUACCAUUGUCCGAACAGAGUUGAGCUGUGGUCACAUUGAUGCAUAUGUAAAACAUCAGGUGGUACUUGUAAAUGCUCAAUGCUACCAUCUAGCUCAAGACGCCGUCUCAUGGAAUGACGCCGUCACCAGGUGCCGGUUAAAUAACGGAACGCUUGCGAGCAUUCCUGAUUUGACAGUGAAUACGGCCCUGAUAAAACUGUCUACCAACCUUGACUACAGUAACCUGGCUAAUGUGUCGUUCUAUUGGAUAGGCGGCAAAGUGGAUUCCAUAGUAACGGGUGUAACAUGGCUGCGAGAUCCGGGUACUGGGUUUGUGGCCUUUAACGACGGCGAACCCCAGGGAUCUGCGGAGUUUGGCUGCUUGAUGUUAGACCCAGGGGCAGGAGGAUGGGCGACGGAUAUGUGUGUGGCUAGCCUGGAACUGGCUGGCUACAUUUGUGAAUAUCCGGGUAAAGAGAGGGCAUUACCCGCUGGUGACACACCACAACCAGGCAGUCAUGCUGGAGCUGAAUCUCUCAUGGAAGCAGGAGUUGUCUGUUUUUGUAUCACUAUUGCCAUGAUCACACGUCGUCUCGGAGAACAAUUAGUAUAAAGGUAAGGCAGUUCAAACAUGAUGUUAUCAUGUCAAAUAUUAACACAUUCGGUGAAAUGAAAACUUGACAUGGUUUAUUUUUUCUCGAGUUACUAACGAGCGACACGAAGAUAUCAAGUAUUCUGUAUAAGUAAAUGUUUAAGUUGCACCACAAUUUGGGACUUCCUUUUAAAUGGUUAGGAUUUGUAAAUAAUAUACUAAAUUAAACUUGCUUCAAUAUUCUCCUGACAGGCAAUACAGAUUUAAAGUUAUAGUUAAGAAGAUGAUAUGGAACAAUAUGCUUUCAUGAAAUCGAAUUCCUCAUGAGGGCAAGUGUACUCAAUAUUUAUAUGUCAGUUCAAUGUUGAACAAAUUAUAUUAAUGAUCUAAAUGUGCUAAACGAAAAUUAUUACGGUAAUUUAGAACUGCAAACUGAAAAUUUCUCGUAGAAAAAGGAGUCUGUUGUGAUUUAAAAUGAUCUCCGUUUAUAAUAUAAUAUCACCCUACAUUAAAUGUGCAUGGUAAAAUCCAUUAAUUAUGAAAAAAUACAUAUAUUGAUUUGAUAAAAAUAUUUCAAGAUCUGAGAGAAAGACAUAAAAAGAUAAAUUUCGUCGUUGAAAGCAACAAAAACUGUGUGUCAAGAUUUCAAAUAUUGGGCCCAGCUGCUCAAAGGUUGUUAAAGAGUUAAUGAGAGGUUAGGGAUACUUAAACAUAUGAAUAUAACAAAA